UGCACCGUCCGCUGAGCCGAGUGUGAGCGCCCAAGACGCUGCCGUGCGCGCCCUUCGCUCUGUACGCGGACGCCUGCCCCGGUUAUCGUUUGUUUCCUUGCCGUGUGUGCUGGUGUGAUUUGAAUUGCUGUUGGUUCUUCUUGACCGAUGUGACAUCGUCCGUACUAUCUCUAGUGUCUCUGCGCUCGAAGUGGUGCCCGGUGCUGGCAAAGUGUGCGUUAUCGGUACCACCCGUCCGUGGUUUUCGGGGGGAUGCUUUUCGACCAUUUUCAACAACCCACUGGCUGUCCGUCCCGUAGAUGUGUGUGGCCUUGAACGGCUCGCCUCCGUUUGCCUUAGUGUCAGCCGGGGGACGCUCGCGGCUAUUCCGUUGUUGCUAAGAUAAAUCAGCGUCAAUCAAGCCAAACGAGAGCCGCACCAUCAAACCAGUAGCUCUGCACAGUACUUAUUCUCCCACACAAGAGGUGCCGACGAUGCCCCAUUAAGGUGGCCAGGAAAAGCCGACUUCCCUCGCAAGUGGUGUAAAUUGAAGUAACCUUUUUCCUCGCAAAGUGCCACACAGGCGGGUGAGCCUUGAGCCACACGCAAAGCAACGAAAGUGCCCCGGUGUUCGGGGGAAAGGGGGCCGGUUUCACUUCACACGGUGACCUCUCACCCUCACGAGCGCGCGUUGCAUGGAUUCGGAAACGGCAACGUCCAGCAGUGCGUCGGUGGUGAGCUACUGUCUCUUUGCGACCGACGCCGGCAACAGCUCGCAUAGGACCCGGUCCGGCAGCAUUACAAUGAUGGACGGUAUGAGCAUGUGGUCACCGAUGGAUACGAGUUGCAUCGGGGACGGUACGGAUCACCGUGCCGAUCAUGGCGGUGAUUACUACAACGAGAACAAAGUUACCGUGAACUUCUGUGCGAAUGCCAUAACGGCCGACAGCGUCGAACAGCUGGUGGUGAAGGAAUCGGACUGCCAGAUGCAGCUAAUGACGAAGCCAACGGAGGUGGCGGUGGUGGUCGACACACCGAACAACCGUGUCCGGAUGGCGCUGGGUGUCCUGAUCCGUCUGAUGCUUCCGCUUACGCAUGGUGUCGCACGUGGCUGGAAAGGGCUUCGUGGUCUCAGCGUGCUGGCACUGCUCCGGAAGGUUCGCGAAAGCCACGGCCUUUUGACCACACUGUUCGCCGUGGCGGCAAACACCGUUUCGAUGAGUCUCUCCUCGGUUCAAGUGGCGCACCGGAUCGAUCCGCUCCUGCGGGUGAUCAAGCUGCGGAAGGAUUCCACCACAUCGCCAACGCUCGCCAUCAAAGCGGGUGGAAUCCCGGAGGCACCAGCCGUACCCAGCGCGCAGCUAGCGACGGUACGUGUACCACGCCAUCUACCGGACCGGUGUGUCGAUUUGGUGGUGCUCGCGGAACCACCGCCGGGCGUACCGAUCCGUGCGGAUAUAGUGCUCAUACACGGACUGCACGGUUCGCUCGUCAACACCUGGAAGCAGGGCCUGUGGAAUAGUGAGGGCCGUCUGGUGAACUUCGAGCGACCACCGAAGCCACCGCUAAGGCCACCGAAAAGGCAACGCCACUCACGGGCAAACUUGUUCGCUCCACCACACGUAUCGAAGCGGCCCAAGUACGAUUGCUCCAACGCGGAUGGACUGGAGCAGCACCACAGCUACAUCGAACCGAACAGCCCGUUCGACGAGUCUCGGUCCACUUCGUACGAGUUUGCUCACCGGCGCUAUACGUACGAAUGUGGAGAACCGGACGAGGUACACUUUGCGGACGAUGUAGAGUACAGCUUUCCCACCUUCCGGUUGCGCAUUGAACAGGAGCCUGGUCAGAAGACAUCCACCAUCGAUGAGGGAACGCCAACGGCUGCUGCUGGUGGGAAGCGGAAGCUGCCGAAACCCACGAAGGAUGCAAAUUGGUCGCCGUGUUGGCCGGGUGAUUGGCUCCCGCUGGAUUGUCCGGGGGUGCGUGUGAUCGCCGUCAACUAUACCACCGAUCCGUACCUUUGGCGACCGGUUUGGAUCACUAAAAGGAAUCGAUCUAGUCUGGUUGAUCGUGCUCGGGAAAUGAGUGAUCUACUGAUAGCCAAAGGUGUUGGCCGAGGUCAUCCGAUCGUUUGGGUUGGUCACUCGAAAGGUGGCAUCUUCAUCAAGCAGAUCCUGGUGGAUGCGUGGGAAAGUGGUCGUCCAGCGGCAGAACCGCUGUGGCGUUCCUCGCGCGGCACUUUCUUCUAUUCCGUACCGCACCGGGGAUCACCACUGGCGGACUUCAAUUUGCCACUGUUGCGCCAAUCGGUGGAAUUGCUGGAAAUACAGAAAAAUUGUUCCAGUAUUCUGGAGCUGCACAGUCGCUUCGUAGCCCUGUACCACAGUGGCCAGUUGAAGAUAGACGUGUUUAGCUUCGUCGAAACGGCCUUGACGCUCAUGUCCGUACUGUACCUGCGCAUAGUCGGGAUUGAUUCUGCUGAUCCCGGCAUCGGUGAAGUCUGUGGAGUGCAUCUGGACCAUCGGGAAAUAUGCAAACCCCGCAGCCGCAACUGCAUCCUCUACACCGAGUUGGUCAAAAUGAUUAACCGUGUGAGUUGAAGCCAAAGACAACGUGAUAUGGGAGACCAGUACAGCAAAGCGAGCAGUCUGCUAUGUACAUAACAACUAGACAGUGUAAGAUCGUGAAUAAUGCUACAGUCGUACCGGAGAUGGAAACAGGCAGGCGGGAGAGCCGCUUUGUGAAAGCGGUUCAAUAUUUGUUUUAAAAUAUGUUUCCACUUUAACGCGUUUGCUACAAACGACCAGUCCAGUUACCAUAAGAAGCGUACAACAAGUAACGGUGGACGGUAAUGUACGCUAGCUUCAAAAAUGGCCACUGAACUACCACCGAGCGGUUAAGACAACUUACUGGUAGACACGAUAGUGUACGAUUCGAGAUUAGAUGGCUCAACGGGCGCAGUUUUACAUAUUUGUUUAAGCAAUAUUUUUCGUUAUGUUCUUACGUUAAGCAUGUUUGUUCCGUUUUGUCUUAUGUGACAUUAUUUUAAGCACGCAAAGUCUAACUUUCUCGCCAUCGGAACGUUGCAGUUGGAGCGAAACAACGCAACAACGGGCAACAGUUUCACAAUUCACAACCCCGUACGGACAUGUGUUUAGCUUCCCUCAAAGUUAUGUUGUGAUGCUGGCCAAGCUGGCGCGAAGAAAAUUUCAAGUAAAGGGAAUACUACUACUUUGUGAUAAUCGGUGAAGAAGAAGCAGUAUAGUGUAGCUUCCGGAGUGCGCUUUUGUAGUGCGUUUCUAGUGAUAUGGGGACACACUUCUCACGUAAUAAAUAUUCGAUCGAUGGAUCUGCAUUCCACGAUU